AUGACGGAUAUCUAUCUUCGUCCCACCCUGCAGAAAAACGCCACAAAGCUUGAGUUCAUCAUCACAGUUGUCCGGCAGAGCCUGCCCGAGGAGACGGGAGGCUCGCCCUCGAUUAUGGCACAUAUCCCGGUGCCCCCACGGAAUGUGAUGUGUUCAAGAGUCUGGUUCUUUGUGACGCCUUGUAAAUACAAGCUGGCCGUACCCACAAGUCAAGGAAAUAACAAUCAAGAAAAGGGUAGUGCAGGCGUGAUUCAGUGGGGCAGUGUGUUGAUUGCGUUCAAAGCAUGUGUCUCGCUACGCUGCGCGGAGCUUGUCUCAACGGGCCACCCGACGGGCACGAGGGAUGGAGAUUUUGACAACGUCGUCGCACGAUAUGCUGUAGCAGCGAUUUUGGCGCGCCGUUUGAGCUCGGGUGCAAAGCCGAACAUGUUGUAA